GUCUACUCGACUUUNCAAGUAUUUUCAACCUUCUCCGUAACCGAUUAUGAUCGCCGCAAUGAAGAUGUCGAUCCCGUGGCCGCUUCAGCCGAAUAUGAGCUGGAGAAGCGUGUCGAGAAGAUGCAUGUCUUCCCGGUGGAAUUAAUGAAAGGUCCUGAAGGUUUAGGUUUGAGUAUUAUUGGCAUGGGCGUUGGUGCCGAUGCUGGACUCGAGAAAUUGGGUAUAUUUGUGAAAACUAUAACCGAUAACGGUGCAGCAGCACGUGACGGACGCAUUCAGGUUAACGAUCAAAUCAUCGAAGUGGAUGGCAAAAGUUUAGUGGGCGUAACACAAGCGUAUGCCGCAUCGGUGUUACGCAAUACAUCUGGUCUAGUCAAAUUUCAAAUUGGACGUGAACGUGAUCCGGAAAAUUCUGAGGUGGCACAAUUGAUACGUUUGAGUUUGCAAGCGGAUCGCGAAAAGGAGGAACGACUGAAAAGACAACAAGAAGAAUAUUUACGUCGCACACUCGACUACUCGGAGGACUCCACGCAGCCAGUUUCGGCUAAUUCUAGUGUCUGCGAGGGACCCUCGAGUCCCGUACAAGUGGAGCAUCCAAUGGAGGUCGAGGCUACGCACUCACAGGAGGUAGAGUCUCUGAAG